AUAUCCAGUCAUCGUUGCAGGUGCUCGCUUGUACACCAGCCGUGUCUACCGAAGCGCAAUCCAUAGAUUUUUCUGUGGCUCGUGUGAAAAUGACGAGGAGAUUGAGGUCGAACGGAUUACCGUUUAACCAAUUGGAGUUAGGCCUGUUUUUUUUUCAAAAGUUUUUAAUACCUAACUGAAUUUAGGUUUGUUUCAUCUCUAUCUCUCGCCACAUUUUUCCAAGCCAGUAAUUAAUUUUCCUUCUUAGUCUACACACGCCCAUUUUCAAUAUCAAAGUAUAUCACAAGUUAAUCACAAGCCUUGUGCACUCUUCUCGACUUUUGAGCCACUCGCUCUUCAUUCCUCAUUUGAAAAUGCCCGCUAUAAUAAGUUUCCAUCAGAUAUUCAGUACCAAAGCCUUCGUUUUGUCAAUAUUCUUUAACUCAAUUAUUAUUGCAAUCAAUAUAUUCUACACAAAUGGUGUGACUCAGAUAAAAUACCGGAAUUUCAUGAAUUUCCAUAUAAGCAUCCACCUCGUGUUUUCAGGCCUUCAUGCGCUACUAGUCCCGAUUAUCGCCGUCGAGAAAAACGUGAUGUACAUCUUCACAGCCGUUCAAUUUAUCCCGACAAAUAUAUUACAAGUACUCUUAGCUGUGUACUGUGGGGUUUUCGCUACUACAAUCGUCAUGCGUCUUGUUGCCGGAUUUUAUCGAUGGGACAAUAACUUACAUCCAACCCUCUACUACUUCGAAUCGUACCUAACCUUCGUUUAUUGGAUUACUUUUGCGCUUCUAGUAGGAAUUGUGUGCGGAUGGACGGUUUCCUACAAAAUGGCACAAAACUCUUACGUGGAUUCUAUUAUUCAAGCCCCUAUUGCAAAAACCUUCAAGCUUAAUUUACAAAAUGUCACCUAUGUAGCUCUAUUCUAUACAACUGAGGAUGGUUGGAACGAGACGGGAAUCAAAAUUGGAUUCACUAGUCUUGCGGUAAUUGUAGGAUCAAUGCUGGCGAGCUAUAUAUUUAGCUUUGAUAUUUGGGCACAUUAUGUGCAAAAUAUACAAGAACGUGCCCCUCCUGCUUAUGAUCGUGGCAUGUUCAACAAUUUGAUCUCUCAGAUUUUUAUCAGCUCAAUGUUCUCAUAUCUUCCAGUAUUAACAGCUCUGUUGCUUCCAAUUUUCCAGCUUGAAGGCCAUGUUCUCUACUCGCAAUUUUCAAUUUUCUUGGCAUCGUAUUCAGUUAUCAGUCCAAUAUCAGUUAUUUGGAAUAACAGAUUUUAUCUAUAUCCCGUGUGUACACAUUUGUAUCGAUUAUUUCAUUAAAGUUGUCGGAGGCUCUGAAACCAGGUCUGCUCGGCAAUUCCGACAGCUUUUUAAGUAUAAGCUCCGCAAUUAACAAUUCAGUAAUUAAACAAUUAAUUUUAUCCAGAGGCCGUUUCUCAUUCGUAUUUAUCUUUGAUACCUUUCCCAGGAUUUUUCAUUUUUUCCCCACAUUUAUCAAUGACUUGAAAAAUUUUCUGAAAAUAAAUAAAAUAAUG